AUGGCGGCCCCGCCGGCGGCAGCCGCCGGCGCGGGCCGGUCCCUGGUGGAGAGGCUCCACGGCGUGUUCUGCGGGUUCCAGCUGCAGGCCAGGGCCGUGCAGGAGCGCACGCUGGCCUCGCGGGCGCCCCUGGAGGCGGGGCUCGCCGAGGACCUCUUGGGCGGCUACUGCGAGACCCUCGCCCGGGAGCUGAGGCUGGCCCGCGACGACCUCCGCAGGGACAAGUGGGACGUCGACGAGGCGGUCCACGCCGAGCACGACACUCUCUGCUUCUGCCUCGCGGUGCUCGAACUGGUCCAGGUGGUGGCGACGAGCUCCGCCCCCUCCGCGGGGCGGAUCCUCCACUGGUACAACCGGCACUACCUGGAGGAGGAGCUGGCCGAGUGGUGGCAGGGCGCGCAGCGGUGGUCCGAGGACCCCGAGGCGCGGAGCCGGUCGGACUCCGAGUUCUGGACCUCCCUCGUGCGCCUGGCCCUCUCUGAUCGCAGGGACGAGGUGCUGUCGCUGCUGCAGAGGUCUGCGGAAGCCUCCGACCCGCACGUGGCCAGCUUCUGCAGCUUCCUACGGGAGCACCCCUCGCUGCAGCAGAUGGACCAGGCGCGGGCCAGCAUGGCCGAGUGGCGCCAGGCCGUGAAGGACAUCCGCGAGGCGGCGCGGGAGCUCCUGCGCCGGGCUCCAGAGGCGCACCCCACGGUGCAGCUGCUGCGGAUCUAUGCGGGGUCCUCUCGCGACGAGUUCGACCAGAAGAAGGACGUGUCGUUCGAGCACCGCCGCACGUGGGUGGAGGACGUGGUCUACUCGCACGCGUGGAUCUUCCCGGACCUGCGGAGGGCGGACCUCUCGGACCUGCUGCAGGAGGUGGCCUUCCGGCAGGUCGAUGAGGAGAUCGACGACGUCGACCGGGUGUUCCUGGCGGUGCUCAGGCUCGACGUGCCCGACCUGCUUACGCUGCUCGGCCGCAUGCCCGAGCGCUUCCCGUCGUUCUUCGUGGUGCACCUGGUGGACGUCUUGUACUUUGCGAACCGGGUGCCUCUGGCGCUGGAAAUCUCAGGCGAGAGCAGAGUGCCGCCACGCGACGUGCACCUGAUGGCCCAUUCCAAGGAGCUGCGCCGAGGCCCGCGGGAGCACGUCCGGUGCGCGGUGGACUACCUGCGGUCGGGGUCCUCCGAAGCUGCGCGCGAGGCUCUGGAGGAAACGGCGAACGAGUACUGCACGAACGCGCCCGGCGACGAGGACAGGGAGGCGGCAAUCACGCUGGUGGUCGAGCUCGGCCUCGGCGAGAGACUUGGGGUGAGCCCUUGCCGUCGGUGGGCGGAGGACGAGCGGAAGCGCGGCGACGUGCUCGGGUGCCUGCGUUGGGCAUGCCGCGCCGAGCAGUGCGGCGGCGAGCCGCGCGGCUUCUUCGUCUCGGGCCUGCUGGACGACAUCGCGGACGAGGCCACGGGCCCGGAGCGGCUGGCGGCGGCGCUGGCGCCCCCGGGCGGCGCGGCCCGGGACCCGCCCCUGGAGCGGCCCGGCGGCCAGCCGCUCUACCCGCCGGAGUGGCUGGCGGGCGCGCUGCGGCUGCCCGCGGGGCGGCUGGCGGAGCUGGCGCCCUCGGGGCGCCUCUACUUCUUCGUGCAGCUGGCGCGCUGCCGCGCCCGGCGCGAGGCGGGCCGCCCGCCCGCGGAGUGGGCGCCGCAGCUCGUGCGCCUGCUGUCGGAGGGCGUGGCGCCGCCGGCGGGCGCCCGCGAGGUGGUGGAGGGCGAGCUGCUCCCCGUGCUCAUGGGCGACGAGCCGUCGCUCGACGCGAGCGAGGCACUUCAGCUGAUGCGCUGCGUCCAGGGCAUGCUCGGCGACCCCCUGGCCCGCGUGCAGAUGCGGGUCGAGCCGGAGAAGCUCCACGAGGCCAUGGGCCUGUGCUUCAGCAACGCGGUGCUGCGAGAUCCACGGGGCCUCUGCAGUGCAGCGGUGAGUUCGGGCGCGCCUCUGCCGGCGCUCGGCCUGACAGUGGCCAGGACGCUCUGGCGGCUGUGCCAGCUGGGCCCCAAGGGCCGGGAGGAUGCGAAG